AUGUCUUUUAUCAAAUUCUCCAUUGCAGCUUUGGCUGCGACCACCACUGUCGGCAAUGCCUACCAGCUUGUCGACAAGUUCAGCGGUCCGACCUUCUUCGAUGGCUUUGACUUUUUCGAGGAUGCUGAUCCCACACACGGCUCUGUCGCUUAUGCCUCAAGACUCACUGCCGCCCCUAGCAAGCUCAUAGGCGUUGUUCUCAACGCUGAUAACUCAACACCCUCGGCUUAUCUGGGCGUCGAUGCUACAACCAUAACCUCAAAACGCCCUUCUGUUCGUCUCACCAGCAAAAAGUCAUAUAAUCACGCCCUAGUUCUCGCCGAUAUCAAACACAUGCCCAGUGGUUGCGGUGUUUGGCCUGCUAUCUGGAUGACUGGUCCCGAUUGGCCCUCGAAUGGUGAGAUUGAUAUUGUUGAGCAAGUCAAUGGUAAUCCAUACAACAUCGCGACUCUUCACACCUCUGCCAAUUGCGCCAUCACUGGCAACAUCAGCAGCGGUCACUCACCUCUCUUCUCUGGCACUCUAGAAACUCCAGACUGCGACGUCAACUCUCCCUCUCAAAGCAAAAACGCAGGCUGCGGCAUCCGCGCCCCUGCCAACGACACCUUCACCAUCGGCAACGAAUCCUGCAUCCACUCAACCGCAGGCUCAGCCUUCAACGCCCAACUCGGCGGCAUCUACGCUACCCUCUGGACCUCUGCAGGCGUCAGCAUCUACUUCUUCCCCCGCGACUACAUUCCCUCCGACAUUUCUUCUGGCAACCCUGAUCCCUCCUCGUGGACAUCAAAACCUCAAGCUGUGUUCUCAGGAAACGGCUGCAAUUUUGAUGCUCACCUCAAGGACUUGCAGCUUGUGAUCAACACAGACUUUUGUGGCGAUUGGGCUGGCACUACGUGGGAAGCUGAUGGGUGUGCGGCUAGUACUGGUGUUGCUACUUGUGCUGAGUAUGUUGCUGAUAACCCCAAGGCUUUCGAAACUGCUUAUUGGCUUUUCAAUUCGAUCAGUGUUUUCUCGAAUGAGACUGCUACUGAUUAG